GUCAAUGUCAGUGUCAGUUCGGUUAUCUAAUUAAUAAAUAAUCUAACCUAACAAAAUGGUUUUAUAAUUUAUUCUAAUUCUAAUAAAAUAUUAUAAAUAUGCAAUAAAAUAAAAUGUGGCCUACGAAAGUUAUUAGUAAAAUUAGAUAUCUCCAAAGUCCUCAUUGUAAAAAGUACAGUGUAAUAGCUUCUGUAUUGGAAAAAGCUAAUGUUGGCGAUUCAACUGAAGUAAAGGGCUGGGUGAAAAAUCUACGUGUGCAAAAAGAAUUUAUAUUUGCUGAUGUUAGCGAUGGCUCUUGUGCUCAACGAUUACAAAUUUUAAUUCCAAAAAGUUUGAAGACCGACUGUUUAUCUUUCGGCAGUUCAGUGCAUAUUACGGGAAAACUAUCCAAGAGCCCUAGAGGGCAGUUAGAAUUAGUUGCCGAGAAUGUUACAGUACUUGGAGCAUGUGUUGUGUUAGACGGAUAUCCAUUUAACCCUAGAACAACUCAUCCUCCAGAGUACAUCCGUCAAUACACACAUUUACGUUCUAGAACGAAUUAUAUCUCUUCUAUACUUAGAGUGCGUAACACUGUAACUAAACACAUACAUGACUUUUACACAACUCACAAAUAUUUAAAUGUGAACACACCUAUCCUUACAUCAAAUGACUGUGAAGGGGCUGGUGAAGUAUUCAAGAUACAGCCAGAUUCUGAGGAGACAGUGAAAGCAAUGAUGCAAGAGGGGAGAGAUAAGGACACAGUAUAUUUUGGCUCAAAGACCUAUUUAACCGUAUCUGGCCAGUUGCAUUUAGAGGCUAUAUGCAGAGGAAUGGGGAAUGUUUACACACUAGGCCCGACAUUUCGGGCAGAAAAUAAUAGAUCACGCUUACAUUUAUCUGAGUUUUAUAUGUUAGAAGCGGAAUUGGCAUUUUGUGAUGAUUUACAGUUACUCCAAGAGAAUAUUGAAGAUCUAUUGAAAUAUGUUUAUGUGGAGACUAGGAAUACAAAUGAGGCAGAUUUGUGUUUGAUUGAUAAAGAAAAUGGUAAUGCACCAAGUUGGUUGAAUAAAAGUUUCAUUACUCUAUCUUAUGAAGAAGCAAAAGCCAUUUUAGAAAAGAAAAAGAUAGCAUCAACUGAGGAAGGUUUAAAUAAAGAACAGGAAUUGGCUCUUGUAGAGUACUGCGGCGGAGUACCAGUUUUUAUUGUAAAAUGGCCGAAAGAGCUCAAGAGCUUUUAUAUGAAAGAGUGUCAAGAUGAUAAUGGCAAGGUAGACGCAUUGGACCUGCUCGCUCCGAUAACUGGUGAAAUCGUGGGAGGCAGUCUCAGGGAAGACAGCUAUGGCAAGUUGAAAGAUAAACUGCCCUCUGAUAAACUCAACUGGUACUUGGAGCUGCGAAAGUUCGGGAACAUACCCACAGGUGGAUAUGGCCUGGGGUUGGAGCGGUUGCUGCAGACCAUGUGUAGAGUUGCGAACAUAAAGGACACUUUGCCAUUUCCAAGAUGGCCACACAACUGUAGUAUGUAAUAAAUAUUUAUAGAUUUA